AGAUUGGCCAAGUAGUGCCCUAAGAAACGUUGAAGAGUCCACUUGUGCGUCUGAAAAUGGCACCGCAAAUUCGUCCACUCACGCCGGAGCUGCAAAAAGCGGCCGUCGAGCAGCUGAAGGAGGAUCCUGACCGUCUGGAGGCCGAUCUGCAGGCCUUCAAGGCGUGGAUCGAACAGCAACCGCACUUGAAUCCCCGUAUGGAUGAUCAGUUUCUGGUGGCCUUUCUCCGCGGAUGCAAGUUCAGCUUGGAGCGAGCCAAGUCCAAGCUGGACAAAUUCUACACACUUCGUACCAAGUAUCCGGACUACUUUCAAGUUACCAGCACCACGGAGGGCAAGUUCCGGGAGAUUCACAAGACGGGGUCGAUACUUUUUUUGCCAACACCCUUGAAUGGGAACGGACCCCGCAUUAUAAUUUGGCGGAUGGGCCUUUGUCCGGCGGACAAGUACCAUGUCCUGGAAUGCAUGCGGGUGGCGCUGGCCAUGCAGGAGAUUACAAUUAUGGAGGAUGACUACGCCAAUGUCCAUGGGCUGAUCUUUAUCAUGGAUCUGAAGGAUGCCACGGCUGGACAUAUGUUCCAGAUGACCCCGUCCAUGGCCAAGAAGUUCUCGGUUUUCUCGGAGGAGGGCCUUCCACUGCGGCCCAAAGCCCAGCAUUUCAUCAACACGAUCACCGGUUUCGAGCAAGUCUUCAAUAUGUUCAAGCCAAUGAUGUCCAAGAAGAUGCAGGAGCGCCUAUUCGUGCAUGGCAACAAGAUGGGUCUUCUCACAGACCAGGUUCCCCUGAAAUACUUGCCACAGGAGUACGGUGGCGAGAAUGGAUCCGCGCCGGAUUUGGUGGCAGCUUGGGAGAAGAAAUUCGAUGAAUACACCGAGUUCUUCAACUCAAGCUCGGAAUAUGGCACUGACGAGAGCCUCCGCCCCGGAAAACCCAUCGACUUUGAGGGCUUAUUUGGCAGCGAAGGUUCCUUCCGGAAACUCAAUGUAGAUUAGGUUUAAUUUCCACAAAAAACUGUUUCUUCCUUGCCCAGAAUUCAGGAUAUAAAUGAUACAUUAUCGCCUUAAAAAAUUGUCUAUU